AUGAGGAUCAUGUUAGCUCUUGUAGCAUCAAAAGGAUGGGAGAUUCACCAUCUUGAUGUAAAAUCGGCAUUCCUUCAUGGUAAGCUUCAAGAAGAUGUCUAUGUUGAACAACCUGAGGGAUUUGUUAAAGUCGGGUGUAAAAGAAUGGCUGUGUAUCGACACAUAAUUGGUGAUGAACUGAUUGUCAUCGGUGUGUAUGUCGAUGACUUGAUUGUAACGAGUUCAAGUGUAGAUAUCAUUAAACGGUUUAAAGCUGCAAUGUCAACCAAGUUCGAGAUGUCAGACCUUGGUAUACUUAGGUAUUACUUGGGUAUUGAAGUAUACCAAAGCAUGAGGGGUGUAAUUGUUACUCAAGAAGCAUAUGCAAAGAAAGUUCUAAAAGAUCCAGGGAUGAGUAAUUGCAAUCCUACAUUGAUUCCUAUGGAUUGUAAUAAGAAAUUCACAAAAGCACAAGAUGAAAAAGAGGUUGAUGCUACCGAGUAUAGAAGCUUGGUGGGAAGACUAAGAUAUCUAUUACAAACUAGACCCGAUCUUGGAUUAUCAGUUGGAAUUGUUAUUCGUUACAUGCAAACACCGAAAUUAUCAAUUAUGGCAGCGGUUCAACAAAUACUACGGUAUAUGAAGGGAACUAUCGGGUAUGGUAUUUUCUAUCCACAUGAGAAUCAUGGAAAGUUAAUAGGAUAUAGUGACAGUAGUCAUAAUGCGGAUGAAGAUGAUGGAAGAAGCACUACAGGGCAUGUAUUUUAUCUUGGAAAGUCACCUAUUACUUGGUGUUCACAGAAACAAGAUACAGUGGGAUUGUCUUCAUGUGAAGCGGAGUAUAUGGCUGCUUCAGUAGCAAGUUGUCAAGCUGUUUGGUUAAAAGAUUUGAUAGAAGAAGUGUUUGGGACAACCCAACUUGAUGAAAAUUCAGAGGUCAUGAAUUUGUUGGAAAAACAGUACUCAUCAAUGUCUUUCGGCAGAGAAGUGGUGUCGAGCUCAAAAGAUCCCACAAGAAUGCUUACUUGUUCUUCCUCGUUCGUUUUACUAUCAGGACACGGUGAGAGAAUCUAUAAAGCUAGAUGA